AUGCCUAAGAGGAGUAAAACACAAAAGAAACUAUCCUUCUCGUCAGUAGCAACUUCCUCUUCCUCUGCAGCUGUACCACUCAAAGCGGAUCAUCCUCUACCCUUUCCUCCUCCGCCUGUAUCUGGAUCUUCGAAAAGACCUAUCGUACUAGAAGACUCAGAUGACGACGAUCACUCCGCUCAUCAUGUCGGUCAAGCCAGUAGACCCAAAUGUAUAAAGAUUGAAAUUGAAUCUGAUCAGGAUAUCGCUCAAUCGGAUGAAGAAGACGAUUUUGAUUACGAUUACGAAUACGAUGAUGACAAUUACGAUGAAGAUGGUGAUACUAGCUGCCGUUCUCAAUCUCCUAUAACGGUUGAAUCCUCCUCAGAAGGCGAAGAAGACGACGAAGCCGAACUUAAGUCCGAAGUCAAGGAUGUUUCCAACCUCACCAAACCAACCAUUGACGACUUGAUCAUUGUACCUACCAUCUCAUACUCGGGUCGAAGGGAAGUGAUUCUUAAAGCAAGGUUUCACCUCAUUUACCUAAAGAUUUCGAAAUUUCCUGGUAACCUUCCCAUCUGGAAAGCUCUACUUACCGAAGAUAAUGAAGAUAAAUUCUAUCGACUCUUCAGAAAGUUUAUUUCAGAAGACUUGGUUAAAAUCCUUGUUCAUGAUUCUGCUCCCUCUGUUCACGAACUUGAAAUGUUGGGGUAUCAAGAAGGUGGCUUCGGAAGCUACGUGAAGAUGGGAGCUAGUGUGGAUUGGGAUAGUAAUGAUAUGCUCUAUGUUGGAUCCACUGCGAAGAGUCCUUCUGGUAAAGUGACCUUUUGGGGCACUCGAGCUCGUCGCUUACAACACCUUAGAAGCAUUGAACGAAAUAAUGGCGGGUUGUUCGACAAUACAUUGCGAGCGAAUCCUGAAGCAAGACGACUGGCAUUUUCCACUCUGUGGUUCUACCCCAUCGACAGCCAAAAUGUGACUGUACACGUUGCUACCACCGGACAAAUCGGUUCAAGAUUCACCGAAACGGUGUUCUCUGAAUGGUUGCAGAGUUGGAACCGCACAGAAGAUUUCGAUAAGGAUCCCUCUCGUACCGGUACUGAAUUUUGGUCAGCCGAACAUUUCUCAUACAUUGGUUCUAACUUCAGCAACCCUCUUCGAAAUUGUAUGAAUAUGAUAAUUGGUAUACAAGCCUUCAAAAGGACUGACGAAGAAUGGAAAGCUAUCAAGAAAGAAUAUAAGAAAAGAGAACAUUUCAAACACAGAGAAAGGAAUAAUGAGAGGAGCAAGAAUUAUCACUACAAUCGUUCGGAGGAGAAGAAGGAACAGGACAGAGCGACAAGGCGAAACUAUGAUAGAUCUGAGACUGGUAAGGAGAAGAGUCACAACAGAUACUUGAGACGAAAAGACUUCCUCUUAGAAUAUGGCCGCGCAGAACGAAACCAUGCUUCGGAAGCGGAACUGAUAGCUAUAGCUGUCAAAUAUGGACGAGAGCCGAGAUUGCAUUACGCUUCAUCCAAAAAUCCAAAGUCGAGAAAUUACGGAGGUAAUCAAGUUGUAAGAGUAUAA